CCCGUUUCUUUAGCCAUACUAGGUCUAGGCUACCACAGUUCAGAGCUUCUUCUUCUUCCUCCUCAAGCGCAUUCUGUUCUAGCGGCAAGAGAAAAAUCAAGUCUAUUUUCUCAAGCAGGGUAUUUAUCAUGUUUUUGUCAAGAGUUUUUGGAAGGACUUUGUUUGCUGCAGCCAGAUCAGAAAGUGCUGCUGCUUCUACUGUUAUGACAGAGCACAACCCUUUAGACGCCUUCUUUGAGGUAGAUAGAACUGCUGAAGAUGACAAGCCUGUUGUCUAUGGCCGAAGUUGGAAGGCAAGUGAGCUUCGCCUUAAAUCUUGGGAAGAUCUUCAUAAGCUUUGGUAUGUUCUAUACAAGGAAAAGAACAUGCUCAUAACUCAACGCCAGAUGCUUCUUGCACAGAACUUCAGAUUUCCAAAUCCAGAACGUGUCCCCAAGGUGAGGAAAUCAAUGUGCCGAAUCAAGCAUGUCCUUACCGAGAGAGCAAUUGAAGAACCAGAUGCAAGGCGAUCAGCAGAGAUGAAGAGAUUGAUCAACUCCAUGUGAUGUUCUUUUUUUAUACCAAAAAAAAAACUGAAUCUUCCAUCAACAUGCAACCUAAAAUCUAGGAAAAAUGUUUAUUUUGGGUUUGUAGUUGCUUUUAUAAUCUAUAUCAGUUCAGUAAUCUCUCUUUUCUGGGUGGAAUUCUCAUUAUCAGAUGUUUUGUCUGUUGGUUGGGAUAAUGACACAACACAGUUCACUGAAUGUAUUGUCCUUAAUAAUUUGUUUUGCUACU